CUAGCACCGGAAAACAAAGACUUCCCACCCACCACCUCAACCUUCUUCUUCUUCACCCCGGCCCUCUUAGAAAAAAAAAAAAAAAAACCUUCUUCUUCUCCCUCCUCUGAGUAUUUCUCAAGUUAUGUACCCUUUUAAUUCAAUGAAGAAGAUAAAUUUUAUCCUCAGAAAAUGCAAGAGUUUGUCGAGGCAACUGGGGCGAUCUUCUUCCUACAGCAGCUUGAGGUCCAAAUCCACCAAAGAUCAUGAACCAUGGAGCCGCCAUGACCAUCAUCAUCAGCUUCAACAAGAUGAGAACUGCGUAACCAUUUUUGUUGGGAGCACGAGGAAACGGUACGUUAUUAGUUCUAAAUACUUAAAUCAUCCGUUGUUAAAUGCUCUAACGGAGAAAUCGAAGCAAAAAAAUGGAGAGUUGAUUUUGGUGAAGUGUGAAGUUGUCCUCUUUGAUCAUCUUCUUUGGAUGCUUGAGAAUUCCGAACCCAAUCUCAUCCUCGAUUCUUUGGAGGAACUUGCUAGUCUCUAUGCACUUUGAUUUUUAAUUUUUAAUUUUCAAUUUUAAUCUUUUGCAUGAAUUCAUUAUAUAUGCAUGUAAAAGGUGGCUAUAAAUUGCUCACCUUUCGAUCCAUCUAGUCAAGAAAAUUAAUCUUUGAUCAUAUGUUAAAAGUAAUCUUUUUUAUUUUUUGUUUUUAUAUUGUAAAAUUUAAAGAUCUUGUUCUAAAGCAUUGUUUUAUGUAUUAGAUCUAGUAGUUUAUGUGAUUAAUUCACCAAAAUCAAUAAAAUUAUGUGUACAAAUAA